AUGACAUCGUUCGAUGAAAUGCUAACAUGUCGACACAAUGAAAGAGGUUUAUUCAUUCGGGACGAUGUCUGGCCAGAAGGAACGAAAGAAUUCAAUCAAAAAAUUUCCAUUGCCCAGAAUUUAUUGAAUGUAGAAUGGGUAGAUAAUGUGGAAACUGGUGGUAUUAAUGAUUUGCUGUCUGCACAACAAAAGGUCGAUUGUGUAAUGGAUUUGAGAACCUCUAUUGAGGCAAUGUCAAAACACAUGGAUACCAUUUCUUUUUCUGAUUCUUCAUUCAUGACCGAUUAUAACGAGCUAUCAAGAGAUAUGAUGGAGAAAUUUGUCAAAGCAGAUAAGGAGUUCUCGUUUACAAACAAGAGUGCUGCUUUUAACCUUUUGCUUGAUUGUUUCAGUCCAACAAAGAUAGAACCUUUAGGAAAAGGGAGUGAAAUGUUUCACACCAACACGACAUAUCGUAAAUUACUGCAACUAUCAGCACUGUAUGACUUUAAACUGGAUGCAAAUAUUUCAAUUGGUGAAAUGGCCAAUGACACUACAAAAACAUCUUUACCUGCCGAAGUUAUUACCCUUCUGGGUAGUGCUAUCAAACCUGACAACUUAUCUGGUUUUGAGAUGAAAAAUGAAUCCCUGCCUACCAUUAGAGUUAAAUUUGGUCAAGAAGAUAAGUUUGAAAGGAACAAGGCUCAUCCUGAUUUAUUGAAGGUUGUUGCAAUUAUUAGGUUAUUUCACUCAACAAUACUACAAAAUAUGAAGCCAUCACAAGAAAAUGCCAGCAAAAUCCAAAAAAUAGUGACAUAUGGAUUAUUGACAGAAAAAAGCUCAGUUCGUGUUAUUGGAAUCCGAGCAGUACCUGAACAUUUCAAUGACAGAUAUCAAUUAUUCAAUGUUGGUCUGUUUUCUCUUGAACCAAAGAAACCAGAGUAUGCCAUUUUAGUAUCGUUCUUUUUGGAAGCAUGUAGAGAAACAAUCCAACAAGAAAACAAAUUAAUUCAAGACAUAACAAAACAAUCAGUAGGAAGACAAAGAAUGAAAAGCUCACAAAUCAAUUCAUCUAAAUUCAAUGAGAAUGAUGAGUUGGUUGUUUCACUCUACUCAACACAAGAAACAAAUGUUACUUUAACGAGAUAUUUGUUUGAGAGAAGCACUCCCCAUGAUAAGGAUAUCUUUCAAGGAAGGAUUAAUCAUUCUGGUCUGCCAGUAAUUGUCAAGAUUUUCUAUGAUUCGCUGUCCAUGAAUCCACACUAUAAUAUCUUUCUUCCUAUUGAUUGUUUUUGGCAUAAUGGGUCGCUACGAAAGGAACAUUUAGAAAUAUCAGUGGAAGGAGAUGAAUUAUCUUGUAUUAAAAAAAGAUUAUCUAUUGAGAAGAUACAUAUCAUGACUCAAUUGUUAUUGGAAAUUGAAAGUAUUCACCAACAAAAAAGAAUACAUAAUGAUAUUAAGCCAAGUAAUAUCAUUACAAUAGAAAGACCUACUGAUAAACAGUUGCAUACAAAACCAACAUUUCUAUGUAAAUUUAUUGAUUUUGAAUUGGAAAUGAGAUUUAGCUAUGAAGAGGGUGAUUUUUCAAAAGUUACCUCAACUUCAGGAACACCCAGAUAUAAUGAACCAGAGAAACGAAAAGACGGAGAUCACUUUAUUCAUCCUAAAACAGAUAUUUAUUCACUUGGGCUUGCUUUCAUUGAAAUCAUUCUUGAAAAAGAUGAAAGAUUGACAGCAAGAGAAUGUUUAACAUUACUUGAAGUUACUGACACAGUUGAUAAAACAGACUUUUCUGCAUUAUUCAUUUCCUCAGAUGAUAUACCACUUGUAGACUCGACAAAAGUGGAACAAGAAACACUUGGCGAGUAUUCUGAAGAUGAUUCAAUUGAAACGGUGGAAAAUACUCCAAAAUCUUCAAAGUCACCUAAAUCCUGUUGCAGAUGUAGAACUGGUUCAUGUACCACAAAAUGUGCUUGUGCAAAAAAACAAAUACAUUGUGAAAAUUGCAAAUCUGAAAAUUGCACUAAUUUGAAAAAAAGAACAAGCAAACAUGUUGAUGAAGAGGAUGAAACAAAACUGGGAACUUAUGCCAAACUAAAGAAGAGAAAGUGA